CGUGUUGAGCAGCUGAACUCUGUCUUGAACUCUCCUGCCCUCAGAAGAGGACAACUCUCGCCAGAUCUGAGACAAAAAGAGGCACAGUCCGUGUGUUUGUUCAUUGAAUUCGGUUCUUUUCUUUCUUUGGUUCUGGAAGUUUGCCCCAAAGGAUGUAAUGUUGCGGGAUGCCGCAGGAUUUUGGACCUUUGUUUUAAAUUUGGAUGCAGCACUUCUAUUCAUCUCUUGUAUAGAAGUGUUUCCCUGCUGUUUUUUUCCUCCCCUCUCGUGGUAUUUCCUGCUUUUAUGUGUUGUUCUGAUCGCGUCCUUGGGUCCCGAUGAGUGUGCUCCGCUGGCACCGGCUCUCUGCGCUCUGGAAGAACUGGAUGUUCAACCAGGAGCCAGCAGAAGAGAAGGGCCACAUCUCAGAAACUCCAGGGCACGAAGGAGAGCCACGAAAAAAGGAAGGCAGCACAUUCACGGAUAACAGCUCAGACUUUCAGAACUUCAUAGAACUUAAGACCCAAAAGUUGGAUUAUACGAACCAGAAAUCGGAAAUUGAGAACCAGAACUUGGAAUUUACAAAUCUGAACUUGGCUCCUAAGAUCCAAACGUCUGACCUACUAAAACGCAGCAGUUCUGAGCCAUGUUCUCAGGUCUCAGACAGUGAGGAUCAGUCUUCAAGCUGGCCUCACACACGUGAAGGUUGUGGGUGCGAAUCCCGUAGAAGCUGUUAUUCUGAGGAGGGUGUUGACUGUGUAUUGCAGGUGGAUAACGGCAGCGAGGGGGACGACGGUUUUCUGCAGAGAGAGGGAUCACAACGGCGGUCCAGGCGGCGCUUCAGGAGGGUCAACCCCAGGGGAGAGCGGGAACUCAUCACAGACGGCCAAGAACCCACCGGCUACAACACGGAUUAUGUCAACAACCAGCUUCCUGCUGAUCUCAAUAAGAUGCACCUAACAGACCACGCCCACCAGCAGGUGAUGCACAUGCCUCCCAGCCAAUCAGGAUGCAGCAUCGCCAGUGACUCGGGAAGUAGCAGCUUAUCAGAUAUUUACCAGGCCACAGAGAGCGAGCUGGGAGAUGUGGACCUGUCCGGACUUCCAGAGGCUGCAGUGGACAGCGAGGAAGAGGAGGAGGAAGAUGAGGACCUGGAAAGAGCUUCAGACACUCUUCUUGGCAGAGACCUGGUCCGAGAGUGUCUGGAAAAAGACCCAGCCGACCGCAACGACGACGACAUUGAGCAACUACUGGAGUUCAUGCACCAGCUGCCUGCAUUUGCCAACAUGACCAUGUCUGUGCGCAGAGACUUGUGCAGCGUCAUGGUGUUUGAGGUGGUGGAGCAGGCUGGCACGGUCAUACUGCACAACAAACAGGAGCUGGACCUCUGGUAUGUUAUCCUGAACGGGGCAGUGGAGAUCAGCCAUCAGGAGGGAAGAACAGAAACUCUUUGCAUGGGCAACAGUUUUGGCAUCUCGCCCUCACUGGACAAACAGUACAUGAACGGAGAAGUUCGCACCAAGGGGGACGACUGCCAGUUCGUCUGCAUCGCCCAGGAGGACUACUGGCGCAUCCUCAACCAUGUGGAGAAGAACACGCACAAGGUGGAGGAGGAGGGAGAGAUUGUGAUGGUGAAGGAGCACCGCGAGCUCGACCGCAGCGGGACCAGGAAAGGACACAUUGUCAUCAAGGGAACCCCGGAGCGUCUGAUCAUGCACCUGGUGGAGGAACCGUCAGUCGUGGACCCCACCUACAUCGAGGACUUCCUGCUGACCUACAGGACCUUCCUGUCAAAUCCCAUGGAGGUCGGAAAGAAACUGCUGGAGUGGUUCCAGGUGGACAGCCUCCGGGAUACGGUCACGAGAAUAGUGCUGCUGUGGGUCAACAACCACUUCAAUGAUUUUGAGGGCGACCCGGCCAUGACGCACUUCCUGGAGGACUUUGAGAAACAUCUAGAAGCAACAAAAAUGAAGGGCCAUUUGCGGCUGCUGAACAUAGCGUGUGCAGCCAAGGCUAAGUGGAGACAGAUCACUCUGCAGAAGGCGUCCAGGGAGUCGCCACUCUACUUCAGCGUGCAGGGCGGCAGCGAGAGAGGAUUCGGUAUCUUUGUUGAGGCGGUGGAAGUAGGGAGCAAGGCUGCAGAGGCCGGACUCAAGCGGGGAGAUCAGAUCAUGGAGAUCAACGGUCAGAACUUUGAGAACAUCUCCGUCUCCAAAGCUGUUGACAUCCUGAGAAAUAACACACACCUCUCUCUCACCGUCAAAACCAACAUAUUUGUCUUCAAAGAGCUCCUCAGCAGGAUCGUGCACGAGAAGAAGAACGGCGGCCCUCACAUUCCCAAAAUCCAGGAGAAAAAAGGCAAUCGCUUCUCCAUCCCUGACCUUCCUGGAGACAUGGAGUUCCCCACAGACCACAAGAGCACCAGGAAAAUGAAGGCCAACACCGUGUCAGGAGGACGAAACAAGAUCAGGAAGAUGCUGGAGAAGACGCGCUUCAGUAUACUGCCUCCCAAACCAUUCAGUGAUGGUGGCAUGGGUCAGUCUCAGGACGACAGCAUUGUGGGUACCAAGCAGUGUCGUCACAGCGUGGCCAUCAUGCCCAUCCCCGGCAACCUGUCGUCCAGCAGUCCUGACCUGCUGCAGCCGGCGACCAGCGUCCUCGACUUCUCCAACCCUGCAGACAUCCCAGACCAGGUGAUCCGGGUGUUCAAGGCCGACCAGCAGAGCUGCUACAUCAUCAUCAGCAAGGACACUACUGCCAAGGACGUGGUCGCCCACACCGUCAAUGAGUUCGGCCUCAUCGCGGCACCUGAGACCUACUCCCUGUGUGAGGUAUCCGUUAGCCCGGAGGGAGUCAUCAAACAGCGCCGCCUGCCCGACCAGCUCUCCAAACUGGCUGAUCGGAUUCAGCUCAACGGCAGAUACUACCUGAAGAACAAUAUGGAGACGGAGACGUUGUGUUCAGACGAGGACGCUCAGGAUCUCCUCAGAGAGAGUCAGAUCUCACUGCUGCAGCUCAGCACCAUGGAGGUCGCUGCCCAGCUCUCCAUGAGGGACUUUGAGCUCUUCAGGAACAUCGAGUCCACAGAGUAUGUGGACGACUUGUUUAAACUAGACUCCUCCAUGGGAAGUGGUAAUCUGAAGCAGUUUGAGGAGGUGAUAAACCAGGAGACCUUCUGGGUGGCCACAGAGAUCCUGAAGGAGCCCAACGCCCUGAAGAGGAUGAAGACCAUCAAGCACUUCAUCAAGAUCGCCCUGCACUGCCGAGAGUGCAAAAACUUCAACUCCAUGUUCGCUAUAAUCAGUGGUUUGAAUUUGGCACCGGUGGCUCGGCUGCGGAGCUCGUGGGAGAAAUUGCCCAGUAAGUACGAGAAGCUGUUUGGAGACCUGCAGGAUGUCUUCGACCCGUCCAGGAACAUGGCCAAGUACCGGAACAUCCUGAGCAGCCAGAGCAUGCAACCGCCCAUCAUCCCACUGUUCCCAGUGGUCAAGAAGGAUCUCACCUUCUUACAUGAAGGCAACGACUCCAGCGUAGACGGCCUUGUGAACUUCGAGAAGCUGAGGAUGAUCGCCAAGGAGAUCAGACACGUGGUGCGGUUGACCUCAGCCAACAUGGACCCUGCCCUCAUGUUCAGACAGAGGAAGAAGAGGUGGAAGAGUUUAGGGUCUUUGAGUCAGGGCAGCACCAAUUCCAACAUGCUGGAUGUGCAGGGCGGCGCCCAUAAGAAGCGAGUCCGUCGCAGCUCGCUUCUCAACGCCAAGAAGCUGUACGAAGACGCUCAGAUGGCCAGAAAGGUGAAGCAGUACCUGUCCAAUCUGACGGUGGAGACGGACGAGGAGAAACACCAAAUAAUGUCUCUGCAGUGCGAGCCAUCCUACAGCACCUUGUCUAAGAACUUGAGUGAGAGGCGAUCCACCAAGUCGGACAUGUCUCCAGUGUCUCUGCGGUCGGCUCUGCCCUCGGGGAAAACCCAAAACAGGGUGUCACAAGUCCUUCAGGUCCAGGUCCCACUGAACCCGCUACGAAAGAAGAGCACUGCCAAGGACAUAGGCACACCGAACUCCAACUCUCCCCAGGUGGUGAAGAAACCUCCAGUGAACUCAUCAGAGGAGUGGAGCAGCAAGAGACCAUCUGACGACACCGUCUCCACCAUCUCCUCCCUUCACUCCAGCCCCACGGUGUCGCCGCAGGGCUCCCCGCGCAAAGUGGGAGGCGUGGCCAAGUCCCAGAACUCCAGCCAGAUGAACUUGUCGGGGUCUUCGUCUUCGCUGACCAGCGACGCCAGCACGAAGGCCGGCACUGUCAGCCUGCGCAGCUACGGCAUAGGUUACACCCUCCUGCCAGCCGGUAAAGCAGACAACCUGUCAGACUCGAGUCACAGCGAGAUCUCCUCCCGCUCCAGUAUCUGCUCUGUUGACUCCAUGCCAGCACCCGGGCCCGAAGACCGGUGCAACAGCAGCAACAGGACCUGCACUACUACUGCUGCUAGUACUACUACAACACCAGCUGUGGCUGUAGAGAGCACAGCAGCAACGCACGCACACUUCAAUGCUGAUUACAACCAGCCCAGCACAAGUAGUUCCUCGUCAUUGGCUCGAGGAUACGUAACGCGAGCCCCCACCUUCACCUCCUCCACCUCCACAGAGGAGCUGACCCAGGACCACACCUCUCUGGACUCCGUGGCCGACAGCGGCCGCGGCAGCUGGACGUCCUGCUCCUCCAACUCCCACGACUCCUUCCAGAGCCUGCCCGCCUCCUCCUGCCGGCCCUGGGAUCACGGCAUCCACGGCCAUCCGCUCUCCCUCCCGCACACGCACCUGGCCGGCUUCAAGCACACGCAGCUCGCCGGGCCCAUAGCCGAGGUCGAGGCCGCCGCUCAGGCGUGGGCGAACGAGGACGCCGGCGCCAAGCAGCACUCCAGAAACUCCAGCUCGGACCUGUCCAAUCAGUCGCGGCAGAGCUGGGCCUCGUCCAGCUCGCUGUCGGACACCUACGAGGGGAAUUACGGGACGAUAAAGAGGCGAAACACCUCGGAGCACCCCUCCUCGCCGACCAACGAGGAAGGAGGGCAAAGCACAGACCCUGUCUACAAAACGGUGACGUCAAGCACAGAGAAGGGCCUGAUAGUGUACUGUGUCACCUCCCCCGCCAAGGAUGAGCGUUACCGAGCUCCCCCUCCCACCCCUCCAGGCUACCAGGGUCUGGCUCUGGGGGAUCUCGGCCUCACAGACGGAGUUGUAGGUGGGCCAGGAGGCGCCCUCCCCCGGCCUCCUCACCUCAGACCUCCAGACUACAGCGUGGCCCUGCAGAGGAGCAAACUCCUGCAGAGCCCCGGAGCGGCCGGCGGUCUGGCUGAGGCGCGGAGGCUGGCCGCUAACCAUCACCUCCACCAAAAAGAGGCCCGGACGGCCGGCUCCACGCAGGGCCACUCCAGACCGCCCAGCAUCUGCCUCCCAACACAGGAGCUGGAUGACAGUGAGGAUGAUGAACAGGUGUCGGCGGUGUAGAGGCGGCGACGUCACGCUCUCGCACGCACAUAUUCUCACACACGGACCAAGUCGUGGCGGUCAGGCUUUGGACUAAACUAGCAGCCUGCCGUCACCACGGAUCAGAGCACAUUCUACCGAACCCCUCCCACGACCCUGUGUGACAUCACCACGGACCAUAAUGCACCCGCGGACCAGAGCACUGGGUCACGUGACCUCUCUCCCCUCCCAGGACUUGUACAAUCAUCUCUUUUUAAACCCAUUUCACAAAACAAAGAAGAAAGAUUUUAGAUACUU